AUGCUAUGGCUUUGGACACUGUUAGCAUGUGUCUGGCUCCAGAUUCAUGUGACACUGACUGUUGGAACCUGUCCUACAAUUCCCCGGGAGGCUAUUAAUUUCACAUAUCCAUAUACAUCUCUUUAUUUUCAAACUUUGCAACCCAUCCAGAACAUAGCGUUCAACCAGGAAUACAAUGAGAUAUACGUAGCAUCACAGAAUGUGAUUGAAGCUUUAGACAGCAAUCUUGAGAAAUUAUGGGAAAUAAGGACUGGUCCUGUGGGCAGCCCGAAGUGUCAGACCUGCAACUGUGGUAUUAAAAAUGACCCAAAUGCACCAGUAAACACAGACAACCAAGUUCUUCUUUUGGACACUAAACCUUUUCUUCAAUUUCUGUAUAUAUGUGGGAGCAAUCAGUAUGGAAUAUGUAGUUUUUAUGAGCUUGAAUCAGAUGGAAAACCACCUUCUGAACAUAAAUGCCUUUUCAAUAAAGAGGAUAACUCGCCUUCACAUUGUCCUGACUGCAUUGCUAGUCCUCUGGGCACGCAAGUCAGCAUUGUAGAAGACGGCCAGACGUCUUACUUCUUCGCGGCAGCCACUAUCAACAGCACUAUUGGGGCGGAUUAUGGCAGACGUUCCAUCUCGAUGCGGCGACUACUCGCUACAGAGAAUGGAUUUGAUACCAACGUCAGGGGUCUGACAGUACUACCUGAGUUUCAAGAUUCCUUUCCUAUUGAAUAUGUUUAUACCUUCUCAACACUGGGCUACACCUACUUCUUGUCUGUCCAGAGAGAAAACCCUCCAAAGCAAGGACAAACCUUCACGCUCCAGACUCAUUUAGGGAGACUGCCAAAUGGAGAUAGUGAAGAAUGGAUGUAUCGGGAGAUCACACUGGAGUGCCACUUUAAGCCCAAACGAAGAAAGAGGAGCUCUGAAAAUGUUGUGUACAAUGUAGCUCAAGCUGCCCAUUUCAGCACAGCAGAAAAGGAACUGGCGAAUGAACUUGGCAUAGUGGAUCCAAAUCAGAAUGGCGUGCUGUACACGGUAUUUGCUAUUACUGAUGAUAAAGGAAAUCCUACAAGAAAGUCUGCUCUUUGUGCAUUUUCCGUUUAUAACCUUAACACGGUCAUUGAGCAAGGGGUGAAUGCUUGUUGCACUGCUAGAUCUGGACGGCUCUCCCGGGGCCUGUGUCACUUCCGAACCUGCGAUAGCUGUCCACAUGAGGGUAAUAAACAAGAGUGUGAAGCUGUGCCUACUAUGGUGGCAAAGCCCCAUUUCAGGACAGAUUUCUUUAGUGGUCAGAUGACUGAGCUACUCACAUCCAUUCUGGUCACAAACAUCAGUACUGACACUGUUGCACACAUUGGCACUGACCGUGGAAGACUGCUUCAGGUCAUUUUGACUAAAUCACGGCCCAUAAUAUUUGCCAACUACUCACUUGUGGGAGAAGAGGAAAAGGUGUCCCGCAUCGCUGCAGUGAGAUCUGAAGAGUCUUUACUCUUUGUGGUUGGAAAUAAGAUGGUGUCUGUGUCUCCUAAAGGUCCUGGAUGCGCUCAUCUGCUGACUUGCUCAGAGUGUUUGCAGGCACCGCGCUUUAUGGGCUGUGGAUGGUGCGAUGAGGUUUGCUCACGAAUGACUGAGUGCCAGAGCCAAUGGAGUAAUCGCAUUUGCCCCCCAGUUAUCAAUCAGUUUUUCCCAGAGACAGCGCCACCUGAUGGUGAGACAAAGCUAACACUGUGUGGCUGGGACCUUCAGUCUCCAACUAAACCUGCCAUCACUGCAUCUUCUCACCAAGUCCGGGUGGGACCGGCCAGCUGUGCCGUAAUUCCUGAGAGGAGUAACAGCACCCAGCUGGUAUGCAGGAUCCUUACUCAGUCGUCAGAUUUACAGCAAAGUGGAGAGAUCAGCGUUAGUGUAAAGGAGGCGGCAGUGGACCGUGGUUACUUCAUUUCUGGAACUGCAAACGUGCAGAACUUCAGCUUUGUGGUUCCAGCAAUCACAGUUAUCAGCCCUAACUUUGGGCCCAAGAUUGGAGGCACCAGGAUCACACUGUCAGGGAAACACCUAGACGCUGGUCAAACCAGGAAAGUCUGCCUGGGGGAAAAAAUGUGCUCUGUGAAAAGCGUAUCAACCAAUGGAAACUUGUCAUCUGUUGUUUGUGUGUCUGAGGGAGUGGAGAGUUUAACAGAAGUGAACGUGACCCUUCUGAUUGACAAAACAGCUGUGCCUGCGAACAAACAGUUCAGCUACAAGGAGAACCCUAAAGUAACUGAGCUAAAGCCUAGCUGUGGCUUUAAUAGAGGCUCCAGAAUCAUAAUACUUGGAGAGAAUCUGGACACUGCAGCCCAGACUACAGUCUACUAUAAACCCAAGAACUUGAAUCCUGUCAGGACUGUGUGUUUGGGUCCUGUGAACUCAACACAGAUAGAGUGUUUCAGCCCGGCAUGUGAGGAUUCAGAUGGUGUCCUCUCAGUGGACAUGGAUGGAGCUAAAGAUCUUAUUUCCCAACCUUUUAUUUGCUACCCCAAUGGUGAGCCAUUCGCAUUUGAAUAUGAUGACCACAUAUUUCGACUCGAGCCUGGGCAGGACAAAGUCUCUCUGCAUCACACAAGACUGAGCCAGGUGAAAAACUGCAUGGAUAUCAUCAUGACAAUAGGUGAUGUGGACUGCAAUGCUAAAGUUCUGGAUAGUGAAAUAUUCUGCAGAAUCCCCAAAAAUGUGCUCAUAUCCAAAGAGGGGACGCCAGUCAGGCUCUCAGUAAACGGGGAAGUGUAUGAGAUUGGCAGGGUGGCAUACAGAAGUAACAAUUUCAUAAUAGGAAUUGUGCUUGGGAUACUGGCAGCUCUGGCCCUGGGAGCUGCUUUAGCAUAUGCAGUAAUGACUCAUCUACGCAAAAGAAAUAAAGCUAUGCAGGCAGAGGCUCGUCUAUCACAUUUUUCCUCCAGGAAUGGCAUAGGCACAGAUACUUCACCUGUUGGAGACUACAGACGGGAUAUGUCCCUUCAGACAUCAUAUGAUUCGGGUAUGGCAUUUUCUGGGUUAGCUUAUGCCAGUCAUGUAGAUCCGGCUUCUAUUCCUCUGGUGUCACCUCAAAGAAUCUCUCUGUCAGCCCUGCGACCAGAGUUGCUGGAGGAGGUAAAGGAUGUGCUCAUUCCUCCUGAGAAACUUAACAUCCAGUAUGAUAAGGUGAUUGGAAAAGGUCAUUUUGGAACAGUGUACCAUGGCAACCUUACUGAUAGCAACAACCAUGAAAUCCACUGUGCAGUGAAGUCAUUAAACAGAAUUACAGAUGUGGAGGAGGUGGAGCUCUUCUUGAAAGAGGGCAUCCUGAUGAAAGCAUUUCACCAUCCUCAUGUGCUCUCGCUGCUGGGCAUUCUGCUGCCGGCUGACAAUCUUCCUUUGGUGGUCCUGCCGUACAUGAAGCAUGGAGACCUUCGGCAUUUCAUUCGCUCUAAAGAAAGGAAUCCCACAAUAAAGGACCUAAUAGGGUUUGGGCUUCAGGUGGCUAAAGGGAUGGAGUAUUUGGCACGGAAGAAGUUUGUUCAUAGAGACCUGGCAGCUCGAAACUGCAUGCUGGAUGAGACAUUUACUGUGAAGGUGGCUGACUUUGGAAUGGCACGGGAUAUCUUGGAUAAGGAAUAUUACAGCAUUCAAGACCACAAAAGAGCCAAACUGCCGAUCAAAUGGAUGGCCAUCGAGAGUUUACAGACGCAAAAAUUUACCACCAAGUCUGAUGUGUGGUCAUUUGGUGUGUUAAUGUGGGAGAUGCUGACCAGAGGAGCAAGUCCGUAUCCUGACGUCGACCCUUACGACAUGACGCCAUAUUUAUUACAGGGACGGCGACUGGCACAGCCUCAGUACUGUCUGGACUCCCUGUGGUGCAUUCUGUUGCAAUGCUGGAACCCUGAGCCUGAUUUCAGGCCAACCUUUUCCACACUGGUGAGGGAUCUGCAGCAGAUUCACUCAGCGCUGGAAGGAGAGCAUUAUGUUAACCUGCAAGUGACUUAUGUGAACCUGGAGCAAGGCCGUCCCUACCCCUCCAUAGCCUCAGCCUCUCCAGCACUGCCUGAGGGCCACAGCACUGAAACACUGGAUCAGCUGGAGGACAGUGGAGAGAUGUAGACUCCUUCUAAUGAAAAUAUGAUGGAAUGUAUGAAACGAAAUGCUGUCUGGUCUGCCUAUGUGUCUUGUCCUGUCCUAAUAUGACUGUGAGUUUGCAGUAUAGAGUAAUGCUGUGUUUGAGUAC